AUGUCGGCCUUUUCAGAUGAAGAAUCGCAUACACGCGAACGUCAACAUGGACACGACACCGACGAUGUGGCUGUGCCCUCAAGUCCGCUCUUGGAGUCGAGAUCAAGAUCGCCAGUUGGAUUGAGGGCCAGAUUGGGCUUGAGUGGCGUCGCUCGAAGGACUGUGGGCUUUGCGCUGCUUCUAUUAACGGUGUUCCUAUGGACGAUGUACAACUUUAUCGCCAGUUACAUAUUCUCCGACGAAACUUACAAUAAACCCUUCUUCGUCGUCUACCUCAACACCUCUGUAUUCGCGAUCUCCUUGAUACCAAAGUUCUUCAACUACCUACGGAAGAAUGGCUUCCGCGGACUACGACAUGAUGCGAACCAAGUCUGGAUAGACUAUAAGCAUGGCACAAACUACACAAAAUCCCUGCAUCGAACCGAAGACGAGCAGGCCACCGAGCGCCUGAUAGCGCAAGGCUAUGGAAGCACCGAUGCCGCCCCAUUGAAUGAGAAGCUGAGCUUCAAGGAUACUGCUGUCCUGAGCUUCGAGUUCUGCAUGCUUUGGUUCCUGGCCAACUACUUCUCAUCCGCCUGCCUCGAACAUACCAGCGUCGCGAGCGUAACAAUUUUGACGUCGACAAGUAGCGUAUGGACCCUUAUUUUCUGCUCCCUAUUCGGCAUUGAGCGCUUCUCUGGUGCAAAGAUAAUGGGCGUGGCAGCUUCACUCGCAGGUGUCAUUCUCAUCUCGACGGUGGAUUUGGCUGAGCAGGCCGAUGAGAACAGGGGAUCCUUCCCACACAAGUCGUCUACGCAGAUUGCCCUAGGAGAUGCAAUGGCGCUUCUGAGUGCUGUCAUCUACGGUCUCUACGUGACGGUUAUGAAGCGCAAGGUCCCCAAUGAGGAUAAAGUCGAUAUGCAAAUGUUCUUUGGGCUUGUGGGUGUUUUCAACGUGGUCCUUCUAUGGCCGCUAUUCUUCAUCUUGCACUGGACGGGUAUCGAGCCAUUUGAACUUCCACCAAGCAGCACAAUCUGGGGUAUCAUUAUCUUCAACGCGGUAUCAUCCUUUAUCAGCGAUAUUUCAUGGGCCCUUGCCCUCCUCAUGACAACGCCUUUGGUGGUGACAGUUGGUCUUUCCCUCACCAUUCCGUUAUCUCUGAUUGGCGAGAUUCUACAAUAUCAGCAAUAUUCAAGCUUCACCUACUGGGUCGGUGCUGCGGUGGUUUUUGUUUCAUUUAUCGUGGUUAGCAGAGAAAGCCAUGAUGAAGAGGAUUUAAGACAGGAAAAUGAUCUUGAGAGAUCGGUUGGGGUUGAACAAGUGUAUGAAUCAUGA